GGUCACUAAUAAUUUGUUUCCCUCUGUGCAGAUGUUGGGUUCCGGCAGAUACUUGUGUUUCCCUGAUGAGCUCAGAGCUAGUUCUUUGAGUCCUACUGACAGGAAGGAUAAGAAGAACCACACAAACAAGCUUCGAGAGCUGGCCUUGCUGAUCCCUGUGACCAUGAAAACCAGAAACAAGAAGCACACCAAGAAGGAGAUCCUGCUACGUGUCCUGCACUACAUCCAGUACCUCCAGAGAAGCAUUGAUGUGGCCAAGGCGUUGCUCAAGCUCCACAACAACAGAGGGUUGGAAAACCUUGUCUGGGAGGAGAAGGAUGUGCAGGACAGAAUGGGCUCUGAUUUGCCCCCUUCUCCACUCCCAGGGCUGGGUCGGAACCCAUCUGCCGGCCCAACCUGGAGGAGAAGCUCCACCCCCUCCAGCUCUCAGAAAUCACACUUUUGGGGAACCUGCUCGAGACCUCGAAAGAAGAAGUUCACCCGAGUGUCAGAGCGCCCAACCUGGCCCCAGAAGCCUCGUCACUCUCUGGCUCUGGACCAAUCUGAAAAUCUGGUCACUGCACACCCAGGUCAGAAGGAAGAAAACGGUGCCACUUACCCAAGAGAUCUCAGCCCUGGCACCCACCCUACAACUGCACCGUCCCUGUUGGAAGGUGAUGGAGGAGGGGCCCAGCUGGUCUUCCUGGACAUGGCUCAGAACAUUGUUGCCCAUGACAUCACAAGUGAUCAUGGUGCAGGGACCCGGGAUGGUGAGCCUGACAUUGACAUCAAGGCUCAGAGCAGGGUUCAGAGGUCCUAUUUCCUCACCAGGGCACAGCCCUGUCUCAGGCAGAAGUUAUUCUUUUGCACUUCCAGUGAGGCAGACAAAGAAGCCCCAGACACUGACCCCUGGCUUCCUGCGUGGACCUCAGAGGACAGCCCCAACGGGAGCCCACUGGCCGCGGGGUCUUCCCAGAUCAAUACCUGGCAUGUGACGAACUACCUGAGUGAGAUCUUAGGACUCAGCUCUUCCCUCUUCAGCUCCCCAAGCAAAAUCCUGCCAGAUCAUGUCCUGGAGGACGGAACCUACUUUCUGACUGAAGGUCUCUUGGAGUCUUCAGCUGCUGCCUGUGAACUGGAGGGUCCCCAAGAGAAGGACACACCCUCUGAGGGCCCCACAGGCCCUCCUAACUUCGAGUCCUCAGUCUCACUGGACCACUGCUACCUAUCGCUGAGUGAGAACAUCAAGGUGCUGUCCAGCUGCAGCUCCAGUUCAGAGUCCACAGACACUGAGUCCCUGUGGGGACAAGAGGUGAGUGGGGUGGCCAUCUACCCAGGGAGGACGGGGGUCUUCUCCCUUGCUCAGUCUUCUGUCCUGCAGCAGGCCAACCGUGAGGGCUUGCAGACCCCCAGUGAUGAGGACAGAGACUACACAUGGACUCCUACCCGACGGUCUUCUGGCCUGCUGGUAGCUGGCAAGAAAACCAAGAAGGUCCAGGCAAGCCAGGGCCCUGUGAAGCCCAAAGAUAGCAGAAAAGCCUGUCCUGGCCAGGUGAAGAAAAAGUGUGUUAAUGGCUUCAUCAUGUUCUGCAGGAUGAACCGGAAGCAGUACAUCCGAGCCUGUCCUGGGACUGCAUCCACAGCUGCCACCAAGGAGCUGGCUCAGCUGUGGCGAAGAAUGACUCUGGAGGAAAGGAGACCAUACUGCACCAAGGCACGCAGGUUCAGCCGCCAACACAACCGCAUUGUGAAGCAGGAGAGCUCCAGCAGUGAGGAUGAGGAUGGGGAGACCCCUAAGCCCUUCUACCAGCUGCUGGCUGAGAAGGCCCAGGUGUCUUUGGGCCUGGCUUCCCUGCUCUCCCUUCAUGGCCAGUGAGAGAGCAGCCCCUGCUGGGUCUGCCAUCUGCUUAGCUCCCAGGUCCCCCAAUGUUUGUUCCCUCUGGGCCUCAGCAGCCACUGCUAAGGAUCCCCUGCCCAGUCCC